AUGGAUGUGGCGAUGACAGCGGCGAAGGAUGCCGAGGCAGCCAAGGUGGCUGUGCAGGUUGACCUGGAGGAGUCUGAGAGGUCCAAGGCUACUACAAUGGACACUGCUGUUCGGGAGGCGGUGAAGAGGUACCAUUUGUCCGAGGAGUUUACUGGACUCUUGGAUAAGGAAGUGGCCCAGGAGAUGGCAGACCUCCUUUAUCGUUUGAAACAGUAUAACCCUGGGCAGAAACUGAGCUUGGACUUUGCUGCCGAUCCCCCUCCUCUUCCUGAAGGUGUUACAGAAGAGAUGAUCGAGGAUUAUGAAGAGGAGGGGGCUCUUGAGGGUGCCGUUCCUGUCAAGAUUGCUGUUGUUGCUGAAGACCCUUCAACUGUUGCCGAUGGCCUUGCUGGUGCCGAUGUUGGAGAAGGUGUUAGGGUCUCUGCUGGGGAGGCCACCGUUUGA